AUGCUUGUCCGUUGUCCAGAGCUCGUUGAGGCCCCGCCGCGCUGGCCCCGACCCGGCACGCUCUACACCGAGGCGGACCAGGGUGUGCCCCGCGAACUGGGCGUCGGCCUACCGGCCACCGCCUGCCAGUUCUGCGCGGAGUGCAGCCUGGCCGGGGGCGGGGGGAGCUUGACCACGGCACCGGAGGGUGCCCCCCCCCUCGCCCUGCACAACGCUACGCACAGCUCGGCCUGGACCCCGCUGGGCAUCACGGUGUUCAACAGGCGCGCCGGCCUGCCCAACUGCACCACCUGCACUGGCUGCAGUCACCACUUGGAGCAGCUGGGGGGGCGCCUCACCUUUGACCGCGUGGACCUGCCCAACCGCUACACGGGUGCGCUCAUGCCGGACUACACGCUACUGGCCUCCCAGCCGCAGCUGCCGGGCGCGGAAGAGGCGGAGCCCAAGAUCGCACGGCUCCUGUGCGUGGACCUGCACCGCAACGGCCAGUGGGCGCGGCACGAGUGCACGCCCACCGACCGCGCCGCGCGCCAGCACCGCCAGAUGGUGGCCCUCGCCCGGCUCGUGGACGAGUGUGGGCUGGCACACGUGGUGCCGCGCCACACCGUCGCCAACAUCACCGUCCUCCUGCCGCAGAGCGGCUAUGUCCAGAGCCGCGAGGCACUGCUCUCUGACCGGGCCAAGGGCAUCCCCCUGCAGCUGCUGCAGGGCAGCUGGCACUGGCCGGCGUACCAGCUGCAGGACAUCUGGCGACGAAUUCCAUCGGAGCACGUCGUGCAGGCCGCCAUCUUCGACCUGCUGGUGGGGCACUGCGAUCGCCACCCUGACAAUGUUUUCGUGACAGAUGACGGGCGCAUGACGCUCAUUGACAAUGACCAGAUCCAGGGUAACAUCCCUGGCUGCCUGUAUGAAUCAUUCUUCCUCCCCCGCUGCACGAAGCACGAGAUCCUCAUCAACGGCUUUGGCUGGGCCACCCAGCGCCAUUUCCAGAAGAAUGUGCUCCCAGACGUCAGGCCCUCCCCGCUCGCAUUCUUCGACUACCGCUGCCACGCGGCUGGCGGGGCGGUGGGCACGGCCUUCCCCGGCGCUCUGCCCACCUGCCUGGCGAAGCUCGGGGGGAAGGACGGCCUCCGUAACGCGCUGGACCUGGGCUUCAGCCGCCGCCACGCGGAGCACCUGGCCGCCAGGGCUGCCCUGCUGGUCGAGCAGGGGCUGGAGGGCGCCAUCGCCAGCCUGGCGGAGGCGAGGCCCGCCGCCGACCGCAUCCCGCUGCAGCCCGCCUGCUGUGCGGUGAAUUCACAGGGGUUCUGCGCCACCGAGUUUCGGCCCGACCUCGGCAACGGCACGCUGCGGGAGCCCACACAGCGCAGCCUCCUGUAUCAUUACGGCGCCGUGGCCCUGUUCGGGGGCGCCCUGGCUUCAGGCUUCGCGUACUUUGCGAUAUACCGACCGGUGCGGGGACUGGUGCGCCACACCGCACCCGAGGAGGCCGUACUCCCGCCUCGGUCCUGA